UCUAUCUGACCUCCUCCAACUCUCAUGCUAGUCCGAAUUUCCUCCCUAAACCAGAAAACCAGUUUUUUUGGCUCCCGAAACUAUGCAAACCGUUUACUUUACAUCCUUUCGUGGUUUUGGCAGCGGUUUUAGCUGACGUGGACCAUCCGACGUGGAACUUGUCCGCGUGGGAUCCUACGUGGACAAGAGAGGCGCGCGUUAAAUAAUCGAUUGAAGCAAUACCCUAGCCCCCCCUCCCCGACGGAACACGCCGCCGCCGCCGCCCGCUCUCUGUCGGCCCUCCCUCCUCCUUCUUCUUCCCCCCACGAUCUCAAACCCUAGCCUCUCGCUGCCCACUACAAUGCGACGGUCCCUUUGCCGGAAGUGAAGGCGAGUACGAAGUUGCGGAGCUCGUUUCGCAGAAAUGGACAUGCUGGAAAUGCUUACAGUUAGAUUCCAUUUCAACGGGGAGUUUGUGAAUGAUGGCAAGAUUUUACAAUAUGUUGGAGGAAGUGAGCAAAUGUCAUAUAUCGACCGAGACAAAGUGUCCCUGCCAGAAGUCAUUGGUCACCUAAAAGACCAUUGUGCAGUUGAAGAAGGCACAUUGCUUCAUUGGUUAUUCCCUGGCCGAGAAUUGAAGAGUGGUCUUCGUGCUUUGGUUGAUGAUAAGGUGUGCAUUGAAAUGGCAGGUGUCACAUCUGAAGGAGAGGUUGCAGAGAUAUAUGUUGAAAGUCCAACGUUUUUACAGGAGUCAGAUAAUGGAAGUGGUAGAACAAGUAAUUAUGAGGAUGAGCUUGGGGAUAUGGAUGUGGCAGAUGAAGAAGAUACAGAGGCCGAAGAACCAAGAAGGCAAAUAGUGGUAAGGAAGUCAUGCAGUAGGGAGGAGAUUCAGAAACAACUUUUGGCACUUGAGGUGUUUUACACCAGCCCAAGCAAGAAAGGAAAGGAAAAAAAAGAGGAUGUGAGAGGAAAGAAAAAGGCUGCAUGUCCUGAUUCUAGCACUGAUAGUGAUUACCUGCCUGGAGAUACAUGCUCAUCAGAAGAUGAUGAAGAGGCUGCUGAGAUAUUGAAAAAUUAUAAAGAAUUCAAGAAGAAACAAAAAUCUGGGCAGAGGGCUACAUUGGAUGAUGUGGUACUGGAAGGGGCAGCACAUGCUUUUCCAGUUGGCUUUGAAGGAUAUGAUGAAGGAAAUGAAACCCCAUAUGCAGGUAGCAGUGAUGAUGAAGACUCUUUAGAAGAGAUUGGACCUAAUGGAGAGCUAUGUAGGAAGGAAGAUGGCUGCAUUAGAUACAAGAAGAAUGGGAAGCCACAGUUUCAGUUAGGUAUGAAGUUUAGAAGUAAGAAACAAUUCAAAAAGGCAAUUAUUAGAUAUGGACUAGCUGAGAGAAAGGUAAUAAAUUUUAUUAAGGAUGACCCUAAGAGGGUUAGGGCAAAGUGUGACUGGAGGCAUUGUCCAUGGGUGUGUCUUUUGUCCAACAAUUCUAGGAGUGAGAGCUGGCAGAUUGUGACAUUUGAAGACUAUCACACUUGCCCCCCUAGAAGAGAUAAUAGGCUUGUGACAGGGAGAAGGAUAGCAGAAAAAUAUGAGAAGUUCAUUAUUACUAAUCCAAGUUGGAACUUUGUAAGUAUGAAGGAGACUGUACAAGAAGAAAUGUUUGCUAAUGUUAGCAUCUCAAAACUUAAGAGAGCUAAGGCUUUGGUCAUGAAGAAGGCACUGGACUCUAUGAAAGAAGGAAUGAAUGGAUGGCCAGCAUCUGAUAGGCUCCCCCUUAAGGCUCCUGGUUAUGUUAGGAUGCCAGGAAGGCCAAAGAAGGAGAGGAGAAGGGAUUCUACAGAAGGUCCAAAGGGCACAAAAAUGUCUAAGAUGGGCACGGUCAUUAGGUGUUCAAAAUGCAAGCAGACUGGUCACAACCGAUCAACAUGUAAGAAGAGAUCUGCUGCACCCUCUCAAAGUCGUACUGAUCAAGUUCUUGCCCAAGGCAGUGCAUCUCACUCAGAAGCUGGUGCUGAAGCAGCUGCCUCUCACUCAGUUGGUGCUGCUCAAGCACCUGCAACUCAGUUAGGGAUCCCAGGUGGUGUUAGUCCACAAGCCAUUGUACCUAUGCCAAGCACACAGGGAAGCUACACAUCUACAAGUACAACAAGGAUCCCACCAAAAGCAGGAACUAAGAAAAGAAAGGCUCCAUCAGAUCCAUCUACAAGUGCUAAGGCCAUCAAAACAAGAGCUAGUGCUACAGUGGCUACUGGACCUGGUGGAUCAGCUACAAUUAAUCUGGUGGCCAAUGUUCCAAGACCUCAAGCAAGUUCAAGUGCCACCAUAAAUAUCUCCACAGGGACAGCUUCUGCCAGGGUCUCUGCAAGUGCACCAAAAAGCCAAGCCAAGCCUAGGAAGCCUAAGGCACCACCAGUUCUUUUCCUCCCUCCAUGGGAUUCUGCCAAGCUUUGA